GUUUAAUCAUUUAAUUAAUUAUGGAUAGUACCUAGUAUGCAUUACCCCCUUAUCACUAUCGUUGGCUGAAUGGUACCUUUUAUACAAGAUGUCUAUGUUAGGUGAUGAAUAUGAAGAUUUAUUGAUGAAUGGAAGAGAUCAUUCUAUCCCUAUGUUUGAUGAACAUCCAGAAGACAUUUAUUAUGAACCCAAAAGUAAAUCAAAUUUAAAUCCAUUUUUUAUAGAUGGUUACCUUUAUUUUUUAAGAAAAGCAUCCCUAAGGAAUUUAGGAUUUCCAAGGCUAAAAGAUAAUUCAAAAAAAGUGUUCAAAUGGAAAAAAAUGAAUUUUUAAACCCCACUCCCAAAACAUUGUCCCAAAGUCUCCUACAUCGUUUGCAGCACUACCACCUGUCUUGAUGUUCCACAUUAUAGAAUGCACAUAGUUCAACUCUUCAACUAACGUGACGAAGAAGGAGUGCUCCUUUGCCAUGUACUACAAAUUUGCAAUCGACUUUCACCUACUUAACCAAUCAAAAAUAAACCCCCCAUUUCAUUUGAAGAGUACGAGGAAAUCAGAAAUUGUAAGAAACGCCUGAGUGAUUGCAUGGAAAAGUCCAUGGAUAUCAUACUUGAAGUUAAGGAUUUACAAAUGAGAACUGCCCUACUUGAUGAUGAUACUAACUAUAUACAAUAAAAAUUAUAAUCCAAAGAAUAACGAUUGGAAAACUAGAAAUUAUAUGAGGACAUGCUCAAGAAAUAUGAAAGAUACAUCAACGCUGUAAUGGAAGGAUAUGAAGUUAUUCGUAGAUAUGAUGAUCUCUGA